AACUAACUUUCGUAAUCCGUGACCAUUUCUCGCACAAACUAGUCGAUUGUAAGUGAAUGCUUCCCUUAUUAAAUGGGUAGUAGUGUUAAUGGAAGUUGGGAAAAAUGAAGCUGAACGUGUCCUACCCUGCUUCGGGAUGUCAGAAAUUGUUCGAAGUUUCCGAUGAACACAGGCUUCGGAUAUUCUAUGAGAAACGUAUGGGCUCUGAGGUUGAAGCUGAUGCGUUAGGCGAUGAAUGGAAGGGAUAUAUUGUGCGUAUUGCCGGUGGAAAUGACAAACAAGGUUUUCCUAUGAAGCAAGGAAUAUUGACAAAUGGUCGUGUGCGAUUGCUUCUGUCUGAGGGACACUCAUGCUACAGACCACGUCGAGAUGGAGAAAGAAAGCGCAAGUCAGUGCGUGGAUGCAUUGUAGAUUCCAAUCUUAGUGUUUUGGCCUUGGUUAUUGUGAAGAAAGGAGAACAGGAUAUUCCUGGCUUGACUGACAACACUAUACCUCGACGCCUAGGUCCAAAGCGAGCAUCCAAAAUCAGGAAAUUGUUCAACUUAGGGAAGGAGGAUGAUGUAAGACAGUAUGUGGUCAAGCGUCCUUUGCCCUUGAAGGAGGGCAAAACUAAACAGCGUAAGAAGGCUCCGAAGAUCCAGCGUCUUAUUACACCAGUUACGCUCCAGCGCAAGAGACAUCGUCUCGCCUUGAAGAAACGUCGUAUAGCAAAACGCAAAGAACAAGCUGCAGACUAUGCAAAACUGUUGGCUCAGCGCCAGAAAGAAGCGAAGGUGCGUCGCCAGGAAGAAAUUAAACGGCGACGCUCUGCUUCAUUGAGGGACUCAAAAUCAUCCAGCCAGAGUGCACCUCAGAAAUCAUAAAUAUUGUUUUAAGAAUGAAAAGUGAGAAAUAAAGUGUCAGUUUGAGUUCAGUUUCA